AAACAUUGUAUCUUUUUGCUAUAAUUUUACGUUUCAAAAUGUUAUUUACAUUAAUUCAACUGUCCUGAAAAACGUAAUGUUAAUGAAAACGAAUCUUCCCGGUAACGGAUUGUUACUCGUCAGAAGUAUCAUUUGUCGUUUUAAUGUAAAAUCAAUUGUCACAGUUCAAUCCAAUUUUCGGACAAAAUGAGACGUGGAUGUAGAAAUGUUAUCAAUUUACUUAUAGGUUUAAUUUUUGUAACCAUUAUAAUAUUUAUCAACUAUCAAUAUUCAAUAUUGAUAACUAAUGAAAAUACUAGUGUUCAAUUUAAGCAACACAAAACUUGGAGUAAACAUAGUACUAAUAUCUUUAAUCCGAAAAAGUUGGUAUAUAGCAGAGGAGUUAGUCAAAUAAAUAAGGAUUUACAUGUGUAUAUCGUGGAAGAACAUCAUGCGGUAUUGAAAUACUGGUUUGAUGCUGUCGAUAAAGGAAUGUUGCCUAAAGAGGGUAACAUAUUGGUACACAUUGACGGUCAUUCGGACCUAGCUAUGCCUUUCAAUACAGCAUUCUUUCCUACCUUCCGUAGACCACGGACACUGCGUGAUAUAGAGGCUAUGAUGCAAAGUAACGAUGUUUUUAUAAUGGGUGCCGCCAUGUCCGGUCUUUUUAAGAAGAUGGUAUGGGUUUGGCCUCAAUGGGAUGAAUCUAACCAAGAAGCAGAUGAAACUACUACAGAUUUUAAAAUAGGUUUAACAACUCUUGAGUUUGACGAUUUGGAAGAAUAUGGGAGAACGUUUUGCAUGUGUUUCACCAACUUUACGACAUCAAAGAACAUGUGUGUUUAUACGCCAGUAAAUGGAGAUCGUGCAAAUAUGGUUCAACUUCCCGUUACUUCAUGUGAUAUUCAUAUAGAAUUUGAAGUCAUUCUUUUAGAAGAAAGUGUAGCAGCCAAUUCACUUACAGACAACUUAGGAAAUGAAAAUAUUGUGCUUGACAUUGACGAAGACUUUUACGGAUGCAUCCUUCCUGCUCAAACUUUGGUUGACGUUGGGAUCACAAUGUCAGAAACGGAGAAACUCAACGAAAUUUUAGAUAGCAUUGUUUGUCCUAAAACUUCAGAUCAUGAUAUGAAGGCCGAUAAAAUGUUAUUUAAUGUUUUGGAGAUUUUAAAAUCUGAGGAAGCUUGUAAACGAUUUGCAAAGUAUUCUUUAUGUAAAGGCGUUGCUCGUCGCCAAACGGCAGUGGACUAUUUAAAACAUCAGAUCCAAGCGUUAAAGCUAGAUUGUCCCCACAGCGGAAACAAAUCAUUAAUUCUAAUUAGAAAGCUCAUAAGUAAGAUUUCACUUUUUACGAACUCUCAGUUAUCAAUAUUGCAAAAUAUUGGAUUUUGUUUGUAUACAAUGAUGCCUUCUAAGACUACAUUUUGGGAAUCAACAUUCGGAAUUUGUCAUGGCACCAACGUUCCUGGUUCUUCUGCAGUGUUUGAUCAUCCCACUAAUUCAACUGAGAUCAAUUAUCGGACCAAAAUUUUGAAAGAAAUAUUAGACAGAUUAAAACCGUCCACUUUACCAAUUACGACAAUUUGUCGAUCAGUUAGAGAUGGAUAUACCCCUAGACACCAUUUCCGUCAAAUAGAAAAUGACGUUGUGAAUUCUUUAAAUGUUUUAGAACGAAACAAAAUACUUCAUUACGACCCAUGGUUACUAGGAGGGAGACAGGGUUGGCACGGAAGGCAUGAAAAACACGUUGAAUAAAUGUUAGAUUUUCUUGAUAAAUUAACGAGAAACAAAAUUGCAUGUUCGGCGUAAAAUGUUAUACGAAAGUUAUAAUGAAGUAAAUGAAAUUUAACAACAAGAAGUUACACUGGUUUUUUUCUCGAUUGGUAAACUUCAAGCUCAGGAACAAUGUUUUUUUUCUUGAUUAAAGUCAAAUGCUAUAGCCGUAAACCAUUAUUCGGACUGAGGCAUGAUAUCUUAAAAAAUUAUAAGAGUUGUCUGAUAAAAAAUGUAAAUUGAUAA